GCUGAGUUUGUUGUAACUCGUAACAUCAAACAAAACAUAUCCUCUGUUUAAUUACCAAACCAAAAGACCACACCUUGCGUGAACAAUGGCGACGAGAAUCCUCAUCAACAAAUCACCCGGAUUCAGAUUUUGUACCAGAUUUCUCAACUCACUAAUUUACCCAUAUUCUACUACUACAAGUAGUCAUCGAUCAAUUGAAACCACCAUAGCAUUCGAAGAAGUCCGAUCACCCAACCCCGAACCCGAACCCGAUCAUACCGCUUUUAUUCUUCAUGGCUUAAUGGGUUCCGCCAGAAACUGGAGAUCUUUUUCUCGCAAUUUGGCUUCUUCUCUCUCUACCUCCUCUCCCUCUUCAGAUUGGAAGAUGGUUCUAUUGGAUUUGAGGAACCAUGGACAAUCGGCUGGCCUACCUGAAUUACAACCACCUCAUGACAUGAUCAAUGCUGCCAAUGAUGUCGCUAAUCUAGUAAAGUCUCAUGGUUGGAAUUGGCCUGAUGUUGUUUUAGGCCACUCCAUGGGCGGUAAGGUUGCCUUACAGUAUGUCAUGAGCUGUGCCCGUGGUGACUAUGGUACUUCAGCUAAGCUGCCCAAACAGUUGUGGGUACUGGAUUCUGUGCCUGGGAUAGUAAAUCCGGAAGAAACUAGCGGGGAGGUGGAGAAAGUUCUGGAAACUUUGCAGAGCCUACCAAAAGAAAUCCCAUCACGAAAGUGGCUGGUGGAUCACUUGACCAAUCUAGGAUUUACAAAAUCAUUGUCUGAAUGGAUAGGUACCAAUCUCAAAACAUCUGGAGAACACCAGACAUGGGCUUUUAAUCUCGAGGGAAUUUUUGAGAUGUUUGAUUCCUACAGGAAGAUGGAUUAUUGGCCGCUCCUAGAACACCCACCCAAGGGAAUGGAGAUAGUCAUUGUGCGUGCGGAAAACAGCGACAGGUGGGACCCACAUAUAAUUCAAAAGCUAAGCCUUGCCAGCCGAAGAGCAGAUAAAUCUGAGGGUAAGCUUUCGGUCGUGGUACUUCCAGAAUCUGGGCAUUGGGUUCAUGUGGACAACCCAAAGGGACUUCUGGAGAUUGUGACACCCAAAAUGGCAUCCAUUAGUUAACCCAGAUGGCUUCUAUUUAUUUAUUUAUUUUAUGAACAUUCAACUAUCAAUAGGUUGUUAGAUUCCGCUUUUGACAUAUAUAUUAAGCCUGUGUGUUCCAUUUUGAAAAUCAAAUAAUUCUAACGAGCAAUAACAAUUGCAGUGGUGGUUUCAAUUUUAUA